UAUUUUAUUGUGUAGUAUUAUGAUAGGUUAGAUAUCUGACUGUAAGCCAAAAAUCACAAGUGAAAUGGUUUGCAAAUAAUAGACGGGAUUUUCACUGCACGAACGAAUUUCACUUUGUGGAAAAUGGUCAGAUGCUCACAAUUGGUGUCAUGAAGAAAUUACAAAUUCGAUAACUCAUCAUACCACUACUAACUAGCAAUUACAAUAUUUUAUUCAAAACAUCAGAAAAAAUAAAAAUGCAAAUAAAUAUGUGAUAUCAUACCACUGAAUUUUAUGACAACAAGCACCAACGCCAAAGAUAACAGAACAACUGUACCGCAAAGGUUCACUGGUGACGCGUGAAUCAGAAGUAAUCAAAUCAUUAUAGGUUAUAUACAACCGGUUGAAGUCUACUCUCUUCACAGCCAAUUCCGUUAUGUAACGUGACGAGAAAACCUGAUAAGAUAUGAACACGCAAUUUCACAAUAACAACUCAAACAUAAAAGUGACAAUUUUAAUAAACUCUAUCAACUUACAGCAAAAUCUGCAUAGGAAAAGCAAAAAAAAUGGGAAAGAGUGAUGAAAAAUUUUCAAGGAAAAUGAAACCUGAACAAGAAUAAUUAUCUCCAACAGUUUUGGAAACUGUUGUCACCUUCUUCCUUAUCGUUUCUGUUAAUCGUGAAAUGGCUGUUGCGACAAAACAGAUAGAAAUGUCUCAACAACAGCAAAACGUUCAAGAACAGCAUGUCCAACCAAGCCAGGAGCAACAACAGAAUCAGAAUCAGCAAGUGAAUCAAGGCCAAAUGCAACAGCCACAGAUGCAAGUGCAAUCGUCCCAACAAAGUCAGCAACAGCAGCAGAAUCAAAAUAAUGCUCAGCAUAAUGUUCAACAGGUCCAGGUGCAGCCUCAGGUGGCAGCAAGUAUGCCACAGCAGUUACAGGGUGCUGUGGCAGUAUCGAUGCAACAUCAGCAGCAACAAGGCGUUGGUAGUGUUUCAAUGGCUUUAGCAGGGCAACAAGGUGCAACAACGAUCACUACAAUGGCUGCACAUCCGCAAGCAGUCCAGGUGAUUCAACAACCAAUGCAGAGUCAGGCCUAUCAUCUUCAGCAGUUGUAUAAUACCCAGGGAACUCCUCUUCUGAUGCCCGGAAAUCUUGCUCUUCAUCCUGCUGGUAUCAAUCCCUCGUCAAUACAAGUGAUAGCAGCUGGAAAACCUUUUCAGUCGGCUGGACAGUUGACACCACAUAUGCUGACUACUACUUCCAAUCCAGGUCAGAGUGGAGGACAUGGGGGACCUGGAGGUAAAGUUCAAGGGUUUCCGACUGGCUAUCUACCUGUUCCUACUUCCGGUAAUCCCGGAGGAGGGCAGACUCUCGUGUUUGGACAGCUUGGAGUCCUUGGAUCUCCACAGCCUCCUCAAGGACUCCAGCAACAACAGCAGCAACAGAAUAACAACAAACCUGAUCAAGUACAAAAAUAUACAACUUGUGCUACUGGCACCCAAUCUGGACAACGUGGGGGGCAGAUGCAGUUUUCUCCAUGGCAAUUUACUCCGCAGGUGGCUUGGACAGGAAUCCAGCCCCCUGGGACUACUCUGCUAGCUGCUCCCAAUCAAAUUUUCAUCAGGAGUCCCACCCAGCCUGAUAUGUAUAUUCAGAGCCCACAACCUAUUCAGACUCAUAAUGCUCUAGCAACUCAGCAGCAAAUUCAAGGUGUCCAGCAAAUCGCCGCAGCUGGAACGAAACCUAGGGUAAUGGAUAUUCAGCAACAACCCCAACAGACUGGCAAACAAAGUGGCGCCAGUCAGCGUCCCCUGAGUAUUCUGCCGUCUUCUCUCCAAAGUGUUCAAAGCGCCAAUAUUCGACCAGCCAGUUCAGUAUCAACACAAACUGUUCACGGAGUACAAGCAACGGUACAGGCACAGAGUGGCAAGGGAAGUGGAAGUGGUGGUAAAGGCCGUGGUAAGCCGGUGGUUCGCACAAGUCCCGGUACAAAUUCAGCCCUAAUAGCAACAAAAGCUGACGCUGCAAAUCAAACGAAAUCAAAUGUACAUCAUACUACCAUGAUAAUGCAACAACAGACCAAUGCAACCAGCAAUAAUGGAAAUAACAAAGUAUUAAUAACAACGAAUCAACCAGUGGUAACUUCUGCGCAACCACCUGGCUCACCUAUGUCCACCUCUGACAAGCAAAACUUUGGACAACAAAACAAAACAGUAAUGCAAUCACAACAGCAGCAUCAGGCACAACAGCAGCAGGGGCAGCAAAUGCAACCCCAGUAUCAGCAGAUGUUUAUGCAACAGAUGCAACAUAUUCAGCAUCAGCAGUUGCAGUAUCAGCAGGCACAAGCCCAGAAUUCUCAGCAACAAAUUCAGCCCAAACCAAUUAUGGGUAUGACACUCCCACCUCAGCAAUCUGGAGUUGUCCUUGGAACGGAGAGACCCAUAAUGCCAGUAGUAUCAAUGGGCGGUGUCGGUGUUGGUGUAGCAACGGCAUUGCAGAUGAAUCCAGUUCAACAGUCUCAGAUGCAGGGAGUCCAGCAAUUGCCUAUUGCUACUCUGAAUCCAACGAUAAUUGGAAAUCAGGUGGUAAGUGGUAGUUCCCAAGUUCAGGCACUACCGAUACUACAGCAAGCAAGUGAGCCACAACAACAGUCCCCAGAUCAACAGCAACAAGAUAAUGCUGGCACCGCCGCCAUGGCCAUUGCGUCACCAGAGAGAAGUCAUUCAAACGACUGCCAACCGAUUGUUCAACCUUGUAAUAUUAACAAUACAACGACAGAGGAGGACAAAUCAGCACCGAAGAAGGAAGUCAGUGACAGUAGAGAAAGAUCAGGUACACCUCUACAAACACAAGGAUUAGAUGCAAAUAAAACGAGAAUAAAGGAAGAUUUAUCUACCUCCGCGAAGCACGAUGGAAAAACCAACAAUCCUUUAACAAACCUGGCAAAUACAGUAAAUUCAAUAACAAAUGGAGUCGCAGAUGAACCACUACCUCCUUCGGUGCCGAACCCAAUUCCAAUCAACAGCAAACAAGCACCACCGAAAGCUCUCGUCAAGCCUCAGGUUCUAACACACGUUAUUGAGGGAUUCGUCAUCCAAGAAGCUGAUGAGCCAUUUUCGGAGAAACGUCUGAAUGGUACUGUAAUGCAGGGCACUAACAAUGCACUAAAUAAAAACAAUUCUAGCGAUAAAGACUCAUCCAAUGAACCGCCAAGUAAGAAAAGGAAAAAACACGCAGGAAACUUUUCGAACGAUGGAGACUCCAAUGGUACCAGUGGAAACUGCGAGGCAUGUGGAACGGUCCUAGAUGAACAUAAUAUCAAGUUCAAAAAGGAUAAACGAUUUUGCUCCGCAGUUUGUGCUAAGAGUAAAAAGAAAGAAGCGAAGGAACGUGAAGUAGAUAAACAGUGGACAGAUAUGGAAGUCGAUAAAAGGAUUGAUGAUGGGCUGAAAAAGACGGAAAAUAUGUCUCCCGCUGUUUCUACCCCCGCGAGUGAAGAUAUUCCAAGGAUUAAUCCAGUCAAAUGGACGGUUAACGAAGUCUGUGACUUCAUUCGAAACCUUCCAGGCUGUGCAGACUACGCUGAAGACUUCGCAAUUCAAGAAAUCGAUGGUCAAGCCCUCAUGCUUCUGAAAGAAGAUCAUCUCAUGUCGGCAAUGAGCAUAAAACUCGGUCCAGCAUUGAAAAUCGUGGCCAAGAUAGACUCCAUGAGAAUUGACACCAAUAUCAGCUUGUCCCCAAUGUCUAAUAGUUCAUGAAUUUUGUUAAAUAGUACCGAAUGCCUCAAUAUUUGGAUAUUCAAAUGAUAGACAUUAUUUAAAUUUCUUUAAUAGUACCGAAUGCCUCAAUAUUUGGAUAUUCGAAUGAUAGACAUUAUUUGAAUUUCUUUAAUUAAAGCCACUGCAUUUUAUUCGUCAUUUUUUUCCAUAAAGGAGAAUCAAUUCAUCACGUCUGUACAUAUUGCUAUUACGAAUGUUUACUCACUUAUACGAGAAAAAUAAUCGAAUAGUUAGAAAGUAGUGCAGCAUAAGAGAUAUAAGUCGUAAUUUGAUUAUGAAAUUAGGUGUACUAUUUUUUAUCCAUUAUCAAUAAAUACUUUUUCGAAUUUUUCUAUGUUUGAGAUGGAACAUGAACAUAAUGGAACAGAUGGAAUGAUGAGACCUAGUGUACAUACAUCCUCUUAAUCUUAGAUGAUAGAACGCCUUGUGCAAUUAUAAGUGAAAUUUUUGAUACUACAGAGAUGUUGACACGAUAAUCACUCAAUCAAGUAAAUUAAGAAUAAUUGGCUAAUUGUAAAAUUACCAACUCCCAAAUUUUUUUUUGUCCACUGAGAAAAUUAUUCCAAAUUAAUAACUAUUAAUUUAACAGAAGUGAAUCUACUCAAAUUUCGUUUUUAUUAUUUGAUGUAGAAGAAAAUGAGAAACUCUGUAUAUUCAUAAAUAUAGCUUUGUAUAAACUCAAGUAUGAUUAUUCAAUUAUGAACAUUCACAGAUAAAGAAUAAAUAUGUAAAGGGUUCCAAUUAUUA